AUGUGUGUGUGUGUAAGUGAGGGGGGUCAGCCCUUCUUAAUUGAUUCCGUUAACCGCAGCGCAGGAUAUGUGAACGACUGGACGAUCCCAUUCCCACGCUCGGUUGGGGCAAGUGGCAAUGCCAUGCCCAGGGCCGAUAUGAUAGACAGCAACGGCGUUAAGGGCCCGGGGUGGGGGCUGUGGCUGCGUGUGUGUAGUGGAUGGGAGGGCAAAGGGGUCAUGAAAAGACGUCAAGUGCGCCAGACUCAUCUGCAUCCCCAAAGAAAGAGGCGACGUUUCCCAGCUUCUGCCGACGCGUACGCCCCCCCCCCCUUCCAGGAGAGACAGAAAAAAAACUUUGUGGAGGGCCAGUAA